AUGAGGCAAGACUUUCUUGGUGAAAUGCGAUUAUGGUGCUAUGAUUCCGACACACAUGAGGCAGUGAUCGUUUUUAAUGGCGAUCAAGAGAAUUUCAGGAUGUUGGAUCCAAUGUGGAUAGUUAAUAUGUCCGCAUCCGACAUUAACAAGCUAUACCGGCAUGACAUAUUCUAUGAAGACAAGGACGCGCAUCAGGCGUUGAAAUUUCAGCGCGUCCCUUGCUUCUGCUACUACAGGGGAAUUCAUUCGGGCAAUUACGGAUACGGGUAUGAAUCUCCGUACGUGCAACAAAGUGGAUACGGUGCUGAGAAUGCACCUGUUGAUGAACCAUAUUACCCGACGCAGCAAUCGUAUCCGGGUUAUGGGGUAUACGGGGAUGAAGGUGGAUACGGAAGUUAUAGUGGAUACGGUGGUGAAGGUGGAUACGGGAGUGAAGGUGGUUACAGUGGAUAUGGGUGCUACGGUGGAUACGAUAGAUAUGGGGGUGACGGUGGUUACAGUGGAUACGGGGGCUACAGUGGAUACGAUAGAUCUGGGGGUGAAGUAUUGUAA